AUGGCUCCUAAACUCUUCAUUACUGGAGGCACGGGCUACAUCGGAGGCACAGUGCUCGACACCAUCGUCAAGACGCAUCCAGAAUACGACGUAACGGCCCUGCUUCGCAACGUUCCAUCCAACUUCUCCACCCGCUACCCGAAUGUACAUAUUGUUAAAGGUGACUAUGACAGCACCGACAUCAUCUCAGAUGCUGCUUCGAAGGCAGAGAUUGUCGUUCACAACGGCAACUCCGACCACCAACCCUCCCUCCAAGCCCUCAUCACCGGCCUCCUCCGCCGCCCCACCCCCUCCUACCUCAUCCACCUCUCCGGCACAGGCAUAGUCGCCGACUGGCGCACCCCGACCUACCUCACCACCUUGAACCCAAGAAUCUGGUCCGACAUCCACGACCUCGCCGAAAUCACCUCCCGUCCCCAAGGCGAGCUCCACCGCCACACCGACGCCCUGAUCCAAUCUUACGUCUGCUCUCACCGCGAUAAGCUGAAGACCGCUAUUGUCUGCCCGCCAGAUAUCUACGGACCGGGUCGCGGGCCGGGGAGGACGCAGAGUGUGUAUUUCCCGCUUUUCUGGAAUGAGAUUCAGAAGGUUGGGGCGGCGUUUUAUGCGGGCGAGGGGACGAAUAGGCGGAGCUGGGUGCACGUGGAGGAUUUGAUGGGGGUUUAUUUGAAGUUGGUUGAGGCUGCGGUGGCGGGGGGUGAGGGGGCAGAGUGGGGUGUUGAGGGUUACUACUUCGCUUCCUCGCAAGAAGCGUCGCAGAUCGAGAUCGCGAGAGCCGCCGGCAGGAUUCUGAAGGAUCAGGGCCGCAUCGAGAGCGAGGAGCCAAUGCAGGUCUCCCUUGAUCAGGUCAACACGAUGCUGGGUGAUCGCAUGCCGGGCUUGGGGACGUACAUGUUUGCUGCGAAUUCGCGGACGCGCGCUGAUCGAGCGAAGAAGCUGUUUGGGUACGAGCCGAGUCAUCCGAGUCUGUGGGAUACCAUGGAGGCAGAUCUGCUGGCUUGCUUGAAGUAG